UAAAAUAAAUUUAGUUUGAUACAUUACUUAAUAAUAUAGGGGAGGAAAAUAAUGUUUUUCGUAUAAAACCAUGCCACUGUUCGUCUGUACAAAAGGAAAUUAAAUUUGUGGUAAUGAAUUAUUUCAUAUGAAUGAAAAUUAUUUCAUAUGAAUGAAUUAUUUGAACAUUGAUAUCUUUUUAACAAUUAUUAAAGAGAAUAUGGGUUUUCAGUGAAUUAUUGCCUCUCUCUGGCAAGCUUUUUCCUACAGCCCCCACACUGUCAACUCUUAUCACUUCUGGUCUGGCGGCUUCCUCCUCCAUCACCCGCAAUGCUUUGACUUCUGCAUGUUUACUUAUCUCGUUUCUCCCAUGGCUGUUGCCUGUUAGUGAUGUGUUUGUCUCUUCACCUAUAAUGAGGUAAAUUGCAAGUUUAGUCACUUGGAUUAUUAAAAAAAAAAAUUCGUGCUGAUACGGAAAAUAUUUUAUUCCAUUUGUGUUCGCUAAAAUUAAUUCGCUAGAUCGUGUAUAGUCACUUUACGUUAACUUCAGUCAUACUCUGUUAACACAGUCAGUACAUUAUUUUUAUUUUAAAUUAACAAGUCAAGUGUCACUCAAUUCACGUUCAACCAUGAGAGUUGAUCGUCACAUAGGAUAAAGAUAACGGAAUUGGACGGAAGAGUGACCAAUUUUGAACUAGUUAACUAGUUUUAGUAACCACGAAUGGAAUUAAAUAUUUUCAGCGUCCAAAUGCAAACGGUUUCAGAAAACUCGGCGACCAAACUUCCAAUAAUUGAUGGGUUUCAAUCCCUGAAGAUUGUACAGUGAAUAAUAAUAAUAAUUCUGGCCUCAGUCACGUCAUGUCACACCGGGUUUGCUUCUACUAAUUCAAAUGCAGCCCCGGCCCCUCGAGAAAUAAGUUAAUUGCCGCAAAAUAAUGGGAUCCACAAGGCAUUAUAUUUUGAUUAUUAACGCCUACAUAUAUCAGUAUAGUUCAUCGAUCGUCAAUUCCACUGGUCGGCGAUCCAAAGUACUUAACGCCGGGACUUAUGUCGUCGUCUGUGCCACAGUUGAUCGCCUCCGCGGGUCCUCCGAACAGAGCUAAACAAGGAACAGUACCGCAGGCGUUUGGACCUGCUGCUGCUAAUUAUCUUCCCACUUUGUGGGUUGAUGAUUUUCUCAAGUGUGAGGAUGUCGUCGAUGCAUCAACGGUUGAACUUCAACAUGAAGAGUUGAAAAAAGAAGUAAGAAAGAUGCUGAAUGCUCCUACAACAGUCAAUCAAACUCAAAAAUUGCGACUAAUUGACGUUGUUCAGCGUUUAGGUGUGAGCUACCACUUUGAGAGUGAGAUUGAAGCUGAGUUACUGAACAUGGUGUCGUCUCCCGUUUCUGACUUCGUUGCUAAUGAUCUCAACUCAGCUGCGCUCUGGUUCCGUCUCCUUAGACAACAAGGUUUUCAUGUCUCCCCAGACAUCUUGGAGCAUUUCAAGGACGGGGAAGGGAACUUCAAGUCCUCAUGGGUCUCCGACGUGCCGGCGAUGCUGAGCUUGUACGAAGCAUCGUUUCUGGCCACGCCGGGAGAAGAUAUCUUGGACCAAGCAAGGACCUUCACUACCCAAAACCUAAUCGGCUCAUCAUCAUCGGCGGUGGCGGAGAUUACGAGCCCGACGAAACUGAUGGCAGAAGAUCAGGUAAGCUUCGCCCUCAACAGGCCGAUCCGAAAGCGCUUGCCGAUGCUAGAGGCGAGGCGUUUCAUCGACACCUAUCAAGGGAACGAUUCCCUACUGAUGCUUGCAAAGUUGGACUUCAACAUCGUCCAGCAGCAGCAUCAGGAAGAGCUACGUGGGAUCCAGGAGUGGUGGGGAAGUUUGGACGUGCCGACCAACUUCUCGUAUGCGAGGGACAGAAUCGUGGAGUGCUACUUUUGGAUCAUGGGAGCGUAUUUCGAGCCUAAGUAUCGCGUGGCCAGGAGGCUGCUCACCAAGUUCAUAGCCAUCAUGUCUCUGACGGACGAUACUUACGAUAACUACGCUACGGCCGAACAGCUGGAUGUUCUCACACAAGCAAUUGAGAGGUGGGACGUCAAUCUCAUAAAUGGACUUCCAGGGUCCAUGAAGACGCUCUAUGGCUUAUUUGUGUACAUUUUCAGUGAAUUCGAAGAGGCGGUUUCAGGAGAAGGAAGGUCUUUUGCUCCACGUUACGCGAAAAGAGAACUAGACAGGGCCCUUAAGGCGUUCCUAAUGGAGGCCAAGUGGAGGGAUGCAAACUAUUUCCCGAAGCUAGAAGAGUACAUGGAAGUUUCACUGGGCACCACCUGCUAUUCCUUGCUCGCUGCGGUUUCGUUCAUCGGCAUGGCCGGCGCCGACGCCGCCACGGAAGAGGCCUUUCAGUGGAUCGCCGGGGAACCUCAGAUGCUCGUCGCCUCCUCAACCGUCUGCAGGCUGAUGGACGACAUCGUCUCCCACAAGUUGGAGCAAGAGAGAAAGCACAUCCCGUCGGCCGUGGAAUGUUACAUGGAGAAAUACAAGGUGGCGGAGGAGGUGGUGGUGGAGCUUUUCAGGGAGCGAGUUGCCGAUGCGUGGAAGGACAUCAAUAAGGAGUUCAUGAGGCCGACGGCGGUGGCUACGCCGCUGCUGGAUCGGAUUCUGAAUUUGACGAGGGCGAUUGAGGUGAUCUACAAAGACGCUGACACCUACACCGACUCGUAUUUGCUCAAGGACCAUGUCGUCUCCAUCCUCAAGGAACCCAUCUUCAUUGCUGUCUGAGGUGCAUGAAUGUUUGUUUAUGGGAUAUUGGUCAGGACUUGCUGUCAGGAAUUGACGCUGUUUGGAUUUAUUUGUGUGCUAAAUUUGUGUGUUUAUGGUAGCAUAUAGGGGUGGGUAUUGGUUUGACCAAACCGCUCCAAAUCGCCCCAAAUGGCUUAUGCGGUCAAUCCAAACCGCA